AUGGUAGCGCGUCUGACUCCAGAUCAGAAGGUUGCGUGUUCGAUUCACGAAAUUUUGAUUUUGAUGGAUGCAGCAAAGGGAUUAGAAGUUCCAGGGGAGACCCUUGAAGCAGAAGCGAAAGCCUUUUUUGAUUCUGCUCCUCCUUUGCAGAACAGUGAUGGAAUAACUCAACAGUUGGAUCAGUUCAUUCAACGGAACUCUUCUCCUUCAACAAGGAGAAUUGUUUGUGUGACUUCUGGGGGGACCACUGCUCCGUUGGAACAACGUUGUGUUCGCUAUGUUGACAAUUUCAGUUCAGGUCACAGAGGGGCCACAUCCACAGAGUAUUUUCUGAAGGCUGGAUAUGCUGUUAUCUUUCUGUACCGAAAGAGAAGUUUCCAGCCAUUUUGUAGAUCCCUUCCUGAUGAUCCUUUACUUGAAUGCUUCAAGCCCACCGAUGAGUCGAACAUUCAAGUUUGCGAGGCUUAUUCCGAAGCAGUGAAGAGGGCUGUCGUGGAUCAUCACAAUGCAGUGGCAGGUGGUCUCUUGUUGAAACUUCCUUUCAACACCAUAUUUGAGUAUCUCCAGAUGUUACAGAUUAUUGCAAUGUCAAUGAGGUGUAUUGGCCCACGUGCGAUGUUCUAUCUUGCUGCUGCAGUGUCUGACUAUUAUGUUCCUUGGAAGGAAAUGGUAGAGCACAAAAUUCAGUCAGGAUCCCACCUCUUGGAUGUGAAACUAAUUCAGGUGCCAAAAAUGUUGUCAAUGCUCAGGAAAGAUUGGGCUCCUCUGGCUUUCUGCAUAUCUUUCAAGUUAGAGACAGAUUCAAACAUUCUUCUAAAUAAGGCUGGUGCAGCUCUUGAAAAGUACAAGAUGGAUGCAGUAGUUGCAAAUGAACUCUCAUCUCGCAAGGAGCAAGUGGUGGUUGUCACUAGUGCUGAGAAGGUUACCGUUCAGCGUGAUAAGAAUCGGUCUGAUAAUGUAGAGAAUCCCCUGAUUAAACUUCUUUCGGAGAAACAUGCCAUUUACAUUGAGCAUUCCGGUAGAUGCGUCUAG